AAAAUAAAAACAAAAGUAGCCCUGUUAGGUCAUUUGAUCCUAUACUCCGCUCAAGACUGCUCCUCUCUGACGACUGAAACAGAUUGGAGCCAUGGCUUUGGAACAGAACCAGUUAACAGAUUACUAUUAUGAGGAAAAUGAAAUGAAUGGCACUCAUGACUAUAGUCAGUACGAAAUGAUCUGCAUCAAAGAAGAGGUCAGAAAAUUUGCAAAAGUUUUCCUUCCGGUCUACCUCACAACAGCUUUCAUCAUUGGACUUGCAGGCAAUUCCAUAGUAGUGGCAAUUUAUGCCUAUUACAAGAAACAGAGAACCAAAACAGAUGUGUAUAUCCUGAAUCUGGCUGUGGCAGAUUUACUCCUUCUAUUCACUCUGCCUUUCUGGGCUGUUAAUGCAGCUCAUGGGUGGGUUUUAGGGAAAAUUAUGUGCAAAGUAACUUCAGCCUUGUACACUGUAAACUUUGUCUCUGGAAUGCAGUUUCUGGCUUGUAUCAGCAUAGACAGAUAUCUGGCAGUAACUAAAGGACCCAGUCAAUCAGGAGUGGAAAAACCAUGCUGGAUCAUCUGUUUCUGUGUCUGGACAGCUGCUAUCUUGCUGAGUAUACCCCAUCUGAUUUUUUAUACAGUGAAUGACAAUGCUAGGUGCAUUCCCAUUUUCCCCCACCACCUGGGAACAUCAAUGAAAGCGUCGAUUCAAAUACUAGAAAUCUGCCUAGGAUUUGUGGUACCCUUUCUUGUUAUGGGUGUGUGCUACCUUCUCACAGCAAGGACACUCAUCAAGAUGCCAAACAUUAAAAAAUCUCGACCCCUCAAAGUUCUGCUCACAGUGGUUAUAGUUUUCAUUGUCACUCAGUUGCCUUAUAACAUUGUCAAGUUCUGCCAAGCCAUAGAUAUCAUCUACUCCUUGAUCACUGACUGUGACAUGAGCAAACGCAUGGAUGUUGCCAUCCAAAUCACAGAAAGCAUUGCACUCUUUCACAGCUGCCUCAACCCAAUCCUGUAUGUUUUUAUGGGAGCCUCUUUUAAAAACUAUAUUAUGAAAGUAGCCAAAAAAUACGAGUCCUGGAGAAGACAAAGACAAAGUGUGGAAGAAAUUCCUUUUGAUUCUGAGGGUCCUACAGGACCAACCAGUACUUUUAGUAUUUAAAUGUAAAACUUCUCUGCGUUUUGCUUGGCUACACACGAAUGAUGAUGCUUCCUCCUCAGAUAAAACAUCUGUAUUAUUCUGAAA